CACUGACCCAAGCCAGUGUGGGUCGCCAUGUCCGGCCGCAAACCAACCAAGCUGCGGAUUCCUGGAGAAAACCCAUAUGGCCAGUUCCAGAGACACUGCCUGCAAUCCAAUUGCACAGUCCUCCUCUGCUGGCCUGCCUCUGGAGGAGAAAAAGCAGCCAAAUGCAGAUUCCACCACACAGGACCUAAGGAUCAAGAGGGGGCCCUAUCUUCACCCAACUCGCUGCACAAACCAGAAUCCAGCUGCUGGUAAAACACAAGAACAUGGAGAGUGCCGAAGUGCUGAAGCCAUCUUGGCUCUGAACGCCGCCUCUGUGAUCGCCAACAUAAAACUCCAAGCACGGCUCAGCAAGAUGGCGAACUUGAUCUCAGAGCAGGAUUCAAAGAAACCUCAGGGCUCAGGAAAUGUUUCAGUGGAGGAUACUGGGUGUCACGAGAGGCCGGCCCCUGACGAGGGUGUGGUCAGACGGGCUCACGGUAGCUCUGAGAGGAAGGCACGUCCACGCCCUGUCCACGGGGAGUCCAUCUGGCCCGGGUCAAUUUAUGACCAGCAGGAGUGCACGCCAGUCCCCCUCACUCUCAGGGAGGCCCUGGAGCUCCUGCGGCCGGACUUCAUCCGCCGGUCCCGAGGGCGGGUCCAGAAACUGGAGCAGCGGGCCCGGGAGAGAAGGGCACAGCAGUGCUCGACCCGGUCGAUGCCGGAGCCCACCCAGAGGAGCGGCAAUAGGACGCGCCUCACCAGCCCUAAUCCGGCCAGCGAUAACUUUGGCAAAGCGGGGGAAAGAGCCACAACAGGGAAGGAGAUACAGCUCCGAUCUAAGCGGAAUUACAACAAUUUGCCUGAAGUCAAGAGGAAGAAAGAGGAGGAGAAGAAGAGAGCAAUGACACAGACUAACAGACUGAGGGCUGAGCUUUUUAAAAAGAAACUACUGGAUCAGAUUCUUCAGAGGAAGUGCAAGUGAGGGAGAUCCGAAGGCAGACUGCCACAUGCCUUUCAUCUGCAGCUUUACAAUACCUGUGCCUGGGUCAACCCACACCUAAGUCAAAUGUGUGAUUGCAGGAAAUGUAAUAAUACCUUAGUAAAUGUAGGUGGAAGAAACAAUUUAUGACUGGGCCACAUUGCUUUU